AUGGCACCUAAAAAAACCAAGUAUGUCACCCUAAAACUGAGUCGUGAACAGCUUGAACAAUUUCCUGAUCUCACAGCACAUUUCUACGACAAAAAAAGAAAACAAACAUUAAAUGAAGAACCUAUUAAACGGCUCAAACUAAAGCUAAAUCCAGCAGCAUCUGAGACGCCGGUGACGCCAUUAGAACCAGUCUCCCGAGAAUCAUCGAUGAAACCAUCUGAUUCAGUUAUAUCGACAAACACAAGUCAGAAUGUAAAUAAUUUAGCAAAACUGUCUUCUAACAUCAGGGUUGGUGUGAGUGGAUUAAGUAUGAACCCCUCAAUUUUCCGUGAGAUAGACAAAUCUAAAAACAAGCCGGGCCAAUGGGAAAAAUAUGGAAAGGAAGACUUCCCAGAGGAAGUUCAAAGUAUGAAAGACGUCAGGGGAUAUAAAGAACAUCCCUUGAAGGCAGGUUUGGUAGAUACAAUUUCAAAGGCCCAUCAGGAAGGUCGAAGAGUUGUUAGAAGUUUCAGUGGGUAUUUAAUGAUAUGGCCAAGCUGGCACAAAGUUAAGGAAGGGAAUUUAGUCAAACACGCAGAGUAUGCUACUGAAAAACCUACAAGUAAGGCUGGUGGUAAGGGUGGUAAGGGAGCAACGAGUUCAAAGACUAGUGUGGGGCCAGAAUCUAGCUCCUUAGAAAAAGAGGCAUCCGAAACACCAGUCGAACUGAAAAGCGAUGUAUGA